GAAUGUUUGUUUUCUGCUUCACACACUGUUGAACAUUCACAACUGCACGAGGAGUGAACAUUCAGUUUGCAAGCCUGUCAAAAAACUUCUGAGUUCUUAAUGUCAGCAGAAUGAAGAUCGAUAUUCAUAAUCAUAUUUUACCAAAGGAAUGGCCCGACCUGAAACAGAGGUAUGGAUAUGAUGGAUUCAUUCAACUCCACCAUCACUGCAAAGGAGAAGCUAAAAUGAUGAAGGAUGGAAAAUUGUUUAGAGUGAUCCAAGAGAACUGCUGGGAUGCAGAUGCUCGGAUUCUGGAUAUGGACAAACAUGGAGUGACAGUACAGGCGCUAUCCACUGUGCCGGUGAUGUUCAGCUACUGGGCUAAACCCCAUGACACACUGGACCUGUGUGGGAUUCUGAACGAUGAUCUGGCUGCUACAGUGAAGCGAUACCCAAAGCGUUUUGUUGGGCUGGGCACUUUGCCCAUGCAGGCCCCAGAUCUAGCUGUACAAGAGAUGAGUCGGUGUGUGAAUCAGCUAGGCUUUCCUGGAGUGCAAAUUGGCUCUCAUAUAAACACAUGGGACCUCAAUGCCCCAGAGCUAUAUCCUGUCUAUGCUGCCGCUGAGAAACUCAACUGCUCGAUAUUUGUGCAUCCGUGGGACAUGCAGACAGAUGGCAGAAUGGCAAAAUACUGGCUGCCUUGGUUAGUUGGUAUGCCAGCAGAAACUACAAUGGCAGUUUGUUCCAUGAUUUUUGGAGGUGUUUUUGAAAGAUUUCCCAAACUUAAGGUCUGCUUUGCUCACGGAGGUGGUGCUUUUCCAUACACCAUUGGCCGAAUUGAGCAUGGCUUUAAAGUGCGCCCUGAUCUUUGUGCUGUCGACAACAAAAUCAACCCACGCAAAUACAUAGGAUCUUUCUACACUGACUCUCUUGUGCAUGACCCACUUUCACUGAAGUUACUCAUGGAUGUCAUAGGAAAGGAUAAAGUGAUGUUAGGAACAGAUUACCCAUUUCCACUGGGGGAACUGGAGCCAGGCGCAUUGAUUCAAUCCAUGGAUGAGUUUGAUAGUUUGCUAAAGGAUAAACUGCUUGCUGGGAAUGCUUUGGAUUUUUUAGGACUGUCAAGAAAACAGUUUGAGUGACUGGUCAGUUGUAGCCUAUUGAUGUAUAUCAGAACAGAAGUGAUUUAGCUGGAUAAGAUGAGAAUUAAACCAUAUAGGCAGAGUUGGGGAGUGCAAAUUAUUUUGUCUGAGCUAUGAUAAUAAUAAUAAUAAUAUUUUCUCACAUUGUAGGCCUAUUUGUCUUAUCUUAUCAUUUUAGUGUAGAAUGAGCAAAGCUGUGUGUUGAUAGGAUGACAAAAAGUUUUCAUUUCAUUUCAUUUCAAAUGUUUUGGGUGAUUCACUACAUUGUGCAAACUUGCAAUUUUGUGAUAUUGUGGGUUGUGAUAUCCCAGCAAACAGUUAACACUUACAGUUUUGAGAAUGUUAAAACUGUUUAAAAAUGUGCCAAAGAGAUUAAGAAAAACUGUAAUACUAUACAUACAUUUGAAUUUCUGCCACAAAAUGCUAAAGGAUGAUGCCGUUUAAAGAAGGAGUCUGGUGUUUGCUUUGAAUAAAUCAAAAAGGCUUUUGAUAAAACA